CCGCUGCGCCUGCGCGGAGCCCAGCGCGCUCUGCGGCGCGGUCCUCUGAGGAGGCGGCGCGAACGGCCGGGGGGGCGGCGGAUGGCUCUGCGGGGCCUGGCAGGCUCGGGGCCCGGCUCCCGAGGGCCGUUGGACGAGGCGGUGGCGGCGGACAAGGAGCGCGAGGCGCCGGCAGUGGUGGUGGCGGGAGCCACGCCAGAGGACGAUGAAGAGGACGAGGGCCGCAGCCGGGGCCUGCUGCGCUGGGACGGCUUCUCAGCCUGGCUGCACUGCGUGUGUGUGGUGGGCUUCGACCUGGAGCUGGGCCAAGCCGUGGAGGUAAUCUAUCCUCAGCAUUCCAAACUUACUGAUAAAGAAAAAACCAAUAUUUGCUAUUUGUCUUUUCCAGAUUCAAAUUCAGGUUGUCUUGGAGAUACCCAGUUUUGUUUUAGAUUUCGACAGUCUUCUGGGAGGAGGGUGUCACUGCAUUGUCUCCUGGAUCAAUUUGACAAAGAUUUACCAGUUUACUUAAAGAAAGAUCCUGCCUAUUUUUAUGGAUAUGUGUAUUUUCGACAAGUUCGGGAUAAAACUCUAAAAAGAGGCUAUUUUCAGAAGUCCUUGGUUUUGAUCAGCAAGCUACCUUAUAUUCAUUUUUUUCACACUGUGCUCAAGCAGAUAGCACCAGAAUAUUUUGAGAAGAAUGAACCUUAUUUGGAAGCAGCUUGUAAUGAUGUUGAUCGAUGGCCUGCACCAGUGCCAGGGAAAACAUUAUACCUGCCUAUUAUGGGGGUAGUAAUGAAGGUCCGGAUUCCCACAUGUCACGACAAGCCUGGGACAACUCAAAUAGUGCAGUUAACUCAGCAGGGAGAUGCUCAUAUAUCUGUUAUUUUACCUACUGUUCAUGAAGUAGAUCUUUUCAGGUGUUUCUGCCCAGUUUUCCUUCAUAGUCAGAUGCUUUGGGAGCUGGUGCUGUUGGGGGAGCCCCUCGUGGUCAUGGCACCGUCACCAUCAGAGUCUUCAGAGACUGUUUUGGCACUUGUUAACUGUAUUUCUCCAUUAAAGUACUUCAGUGAUUUCCGACCUUAUUUCACUAUUCAUGAUAGUGAAUUCAAAGAAUAUACUACCCGUACUCAAGCCCCGCCCUCAGUCAUCUUAGGAGUAACCAACCCAUUUUUUGCAAAAACACUCCAGCACUGGCCACACAUUAUUCGAAUAGGAGACCUUAAACCUGCAGGUGAAAUACCUAAGCAGGUUAAAGUGAAAAAACUGAAGAACCUAAAGACUCUGGAUUCUAAACCUGGAGUUUAUACUUCUUAUAAGCCAUAUCUAAAUAGAGACGAAGAUAUCAUAAAACAAUUACAGAAGGUGAUUACUUGCUCAUGUAUUAAUUUAAAUGUUCUUACUCAGGGUGUACAACAGAAGCGUCCUUCUGAAGCUCAAAGUGUUAUCCUCCGACGCUAUUUUUUGGAACUGACACAAAGCUUUAUCAUUCCAUUAGAAAGAUAUGUGGCAAGCUUGAUGCCUCUGCAGAAAAGCAUUUCUCCGUGGAAGAGUCCACCCCAAUUAAGACAGUUUCUUCCAGAAGAAUUUAUGAAAACACUUGAGAAAACAGGACCUCAGCUGACCUCUAGAAUAAAAGGCGACUGGAUUGGACUUUAUCGGCAUUUUCUCAAAUCUCCAAAUUUUGAUGGUUGGUUCAAGACCCGGAGGAAGGAAAUGACCCAGAAACUGGAGGCACUCCAUCUGGAAGCUCUUUGUGAAGAGGACUUACUUCUCUGGACCCAGAAACACACAGAAGUAGAAACAGUGGACCUUGUAUUGAAGCUAAAAAAUAAGCUGUUACAGGCUGAUCGAGAGCAUUUACCUGUGAAACCUGACACUAUGGAAAAGUUACGGACACACAUAGAUGCAAUUAUCCUAGCAUUGCCAGAGGACCUGCAAGGCAUAUUGCUCAAAACAAGCAUGACAUGAUAUUUGCCAAGAUUUCCCAGCCAAAAGGAUUGUACUCCAUGAAGCAUACUGACAUUUCAACCAGAUGCACAAGCUCUCUCGGAGUGGAAAAUAGCGGUGAAUGCUCGCUACAGGGUUGAAAGACUAUACUGUAUAAACAGACAUUUUUAGUGCAUUAUUUUUAAAAACAGAUAUCUGUGGUUGUUCCACUUUAAUACUGAAACACCGAAAGGCAUUUCUAUAUUUUUAAUCAUGUUCUAAAGUGCUCUUAUGAGAGACCUGUGGGGCCAUCAGUUUAAGUGAUUCCAAACUGCAGUGCUGGCAUUGCAGGUAUUUUUUUAAAUUGGUGCUUCUUUGCCCAAUCAUGUUAAAAACUCAGGGGGAUAUAAAAAUAACAUUCACACUGGCUGUCUUCUUAAGAAGAAGGAAAAGACUGAACUGUCAGACUGUAGUUAGAAGUGAUUAAUGCUUUUGUAGUGCCUUCCGUGGUCCUACAUGUUUCACAGAAGCCCAGCUGCUAGUCUUGAAGCUUUUUCUUAACUUUAUUAUAAUAUGUAGUUUUUUAUAAGGCAUUUUUUGAGUAAUCAUUGCUUAAAAAUAUAUUUUUUGCCUCCUAUUGUGUUUACUAUUAGUGGCAUUGGUGUUUUUUUGAACUGUCAUGUAGGUUUCAUUUCAUUAUUUUCUAUACCAUUUUCAAAUGUAAUCUUAGUUUCACUGAAGGGAAGAAGGCAUCUAGUAUUAAUUAUGGAAGAGUUUAUUUCCUCUCACCCUUUACUAAUUGAGCCUGAGUUAAUUGGCUUGGAUGUCUUUCAAAGACAUUCUAAUUAUAAACCUCAUAUCAGCUAUUUUUAUAAACUGAACUGUUCCUUUUUUAAAGGCAUUUUUAUGCCUUUUGUGUGAUAGUCAUUUGAGUGAUUCUAAGAUUGAUUUUUAGCAUUAUUUGUUUGGUAGGGUUUCCCUGCCCCCCCAAAUUAAUAUUUCUCAGAUUACUUUCCCUGCUGUUGACAUGGGAACUUUUGCCUGAAUCACUGUUGUAUCUAAGCUAGUUUUGUUGUUGUUUUUGUUUGCUUCUGUUUUGUUUACAGUAUACUACCUUGCCAAAAAUAGAAGAUUGUGGUUUGGUAGAAUAAGGUUCUUUCCCUUGGUAUUUGAAUAGGAGUGUCUUGAAGAAGCCACUAUUUAAAACAGGCAUCCAUGACGUAGCACAUAUGUGAAUUACCCUUUACAUAUCCAAAUUUGGUUGUAGGUCGUAGAAGAAAUGGCUUCAGGAGCUAUCUCUUAGUCUCUAUUGAUAUAACUCUUUUUUUUUUUUUUUUUUUAAAUAUAACUCUUAAGGGCACUCCCAGCCUAAGGAUGGGUCCUUGGUGUAUGUAACUGUGGUCUUCUACCCAAAUGUGUCCUUUUCUCAUGGAUGUAAGUCUCUCGAAGCAUACCUCAAAGUCAUGGAAAGAAUACUGCAUUUGAAAGAAGUCAUUUGCCUUGGAUCACAUGAGCUAUUUUGUGAAGCAACAGUUGUCCUCAUGGAAAAGGGGCAGCGACUUUUAUAUGCUAAAGUAUUUAAUAUCUUCCUGGGAAACCUUAUUUAGGUAUAAAUGGUCAUCUUAUUAUUUUUCAAAAAGGCGUAUUUUAAUAAUCUUACAAUUUAUAUGCAGUUUGUGACCAGAGUUGGAAAGUUGUUAGUGUCAUAUCAAGGAUCUUUUAAAUUAUACCACUACAGGAUGUAUCAUUUCAAGUUUAUUUUGCACAGCUAAAGAGUAGCAAAGGAUGCCAGUUAGCAUAAUAAUUGUAUCUGCAUAUUUACUAUACUUAACAGAAAACCUAACACAUAUUGAAAACCAUAUCUUACUUACCUGGUUUAUCUAUUAAUUUCAAAUUAUGUACUUGUAAAAAUAAGUUAAAACUGCUUUGGGAACCUGAGAAAGACUGAGUGGUAACUUAAUUUUUUGUGUGGUUUUUAAAGUUGUCUUUUUUUUUUUUUCUGAGGAGACCUUGUUAAGAUCUAGAACCUGCCAUUUAAUGUUUAUCUUCACCUCACCAGCAUCAGAAGGAAUCACUGCUUUCAGGGUGUUGUGUAAUGCCUAGUGCCUUCUGCUUUCAGUGAAAGGGGUUUUGAGAAGGCAUUUAUGGUCAUUACUGAAAACCUAAUUAAAGGCCUUGGAUUUUAAAGCCGUUGGAUAUUUUGUAUUAUUUCUGAGUAAGAUUGGAAUGCUUGAAAAAAAAUGCAGGGUAAAUGGGACUUUUGCAUUACGGGAUUCCUUUUAGUUUCUAACUUAUUUUU